AUGGGAGGUGCUAUAUCGAGGUUGUACAACAGGCUGAUGUCCAAGCAGGACGUCAGGAUCCUGAUGGUGGGUCUUGACGCGUCCGGCAAGACCACGAUUUUGUACAAGCUGAAGCUGGGAGAGGUCGUGACCACGAUUCCGACGAUCGGUUUUAACGUCGAGACCGUGGAAUACAAGAACAUUUCCUUCACUGUGUGGGACGUAGGAGGGCAGGACAAGAUCCGUCCUCUGUGGAAGCACUACUACACCAACACCCAGGCUGUGAUAUUCGUGGUCGACAGCAACGACCGUGCGCGCAUCAAGGACGCACGCGAGGAAUUGCACAAGAUGAUGAACGAAGAUGAGCUGCGCGAGGCGUUCUUGUUGAUCUACGCCAACAAGCAGGACCUGCCGAACGCCAUCCCGGCGACGGAACUGUCGAACGAGCUGGGCCUCAACCAGUUCGGUAACCGCACAUGGUACAUCCAAGCCGCCUGCGCUACUCAGGGCACCGGCCUCUACGAGGGCAUGGACUGGCUGACCAACGCGCUUAAGCACAACUUCCAACAAAGUGCUAUGUUUUUGACUCUAGUGAUAUGCGUGUUGCUUUGUAGUGAGGUUUUCGCUCCGUGCAAGGGUGCGUUGCUGCCGUUGCGUCGUUUCGACGCCGCCGCGCUUGCGUCGCGUCGUCACGGCCUGCCCGCUUCCAGCAGUCUGCGUCAUGUAGGCAAAGGAUUGGCCGACUAUGUACCUUCCGAGGCUGACGCAGCCUCCAAUUUGGCAACCUGGCGGUCUGAGACGUGGCCGACGCUGGACCGGUUGUUUGCCAAUUCCAUCGCAGGGUUGAGAAAAGCAUCGCUUCUCAGUGAGCUUGUCUUGUCGGUAAAAUGUUCGCUGGAGGCUCUGGAUGCGGCGCUGGCGCCCUUUCGUGGUGUUCCGGUGAUUUAUCUGCUGUUGUACGUCGACGUGCACAACUUCGCAUCGAGGUUCAUGCGCUUGUUGAGGUCGCAAUGCCGUAAGUGCGAUUCAUAUGCGCGAUUUACGGCUCUGGAUUCCUCUCCACGACUGAUGUCUAUGUUACAGGGACAUUCGCAGUCUAUGAUAUCGAUGAGGGACGCCGCAUCACGUUUCAUGGGCUCGCUCAAGGUAAACGUACCUGGUAGCCGGAAGCACCUUUUGCCGCGCAUCAGCACCAUGCCAUCCCGUUACUGGGGCGCAGUUCACCGUUCUGCGCGUCGUUCGGGCUUGUUGGUGUUUAUGGCUGGGUGUUGCUUGUGUGCUGUGAACCGCGUGCUGUUGCCGCUGCUGUUGGGCCAGGUGUUGCCCGCUCUGUCCCGUGGCAUCGGGUUGGGAAGCUUGUCAGGACUGUCGGAUGUUUUGUCGCUGCAACUGGAGUAA